AAACACAAUUGUCGAGAGGAUUGGCUAAAUAACUGCAGACUGAUGCCCUCUGUUCAGCCAGCUGCAGCGUGAUCUACUAAUAAGUCAUCCAUUCGACCAGAUAAGCUCCCUCACUCCGGACCUUAGCGUGAGUCAGCGGGGAGACGGGCCGACGCUAACUGUGAGUCAGCGGGGAGACGGGCCGACGCUAACCAGAAGCAGGCCCACCGAGUGGAGACCGCCAAAGAGCCAGAGGAACAACUUCAAAGAUGGAUGUGGAGGAGCCGCAUCUGGAUUUUGAGGAAUGUAGCACCCAGAGAUCGCACAUCGGCCUGCACUGGUAGUUGGUGAUAGUUUAGGGAAAUUCAGGUUUUUAAAUGAUGUUUCACCUGCAGCAGAGUAACAGUUUGGAGAUAUGACAAGUAACACACGUGCUGUAUUUUGAAAUCCCCUUCUGAUUAUUAAUACUUUGGCAUCAAUAUGUUAUGUUGCAUCAUCAGAGGUCUGUUUGAAGCGGGACCAUACUUGGCCGUGGCGCUUUUGUUCUUUUUGGAUGAUGCGAUCUGAAUUCCAUGCGUGUGAUUGCUUAAUAUUCACCGUUGUUGCAGGGAGCGGAAGGCCUGCUCAGCCACAGGGAUAUGAACACCUCUGGUAAGGUGCUUCCCAGAUAAUAUGGAAUCCUCUGGCCUCCCCCCUGCUUAUCCAAUCUGUUUGCCACAAGGCCAAUGGGAAGAAAGAAGAGGAGAUGAGGAUAUUCAAGACAAGUUGCUGCUUUCCUGUUGCACAGCAGAGCUCCACAUUGAGCGGGUGAGUCUGAGACCCAUAACUGAGUACUGGGUGUACUCUGAUGACCAGCACGACCUGGCCGACUGUGCUGGAGGCGAGACCUUCAUCACCCCCCCCAGCACCCCAGUGCCCCGCAGGCCUUGCCCAUUCAUACCCGUUCCUGGUUCACUGACAGCAGAUGCUUGUGCAGCGAGCUCUGGGGGGACGAGCGCCGACACCUGCGCCCCCAUCAGCUCUCUGUGCCGAGCCACCUGUUCAGACCGGGACGCUCUCAGUCCUGGCUGCUGUGACGGGGAUCCCGUCUGUGCUGCAGCUCACCUCCACCUCUUGGGAGAAUCCUUGUCCCUGAUUGGACACCAUCUUCAGGAGACAAAUAAAGCGGUGAGCGCGUCGAGCAGCGCGUCUCUGCUGCUGGACUCCCUGCUGUGUGCCGUGGCUCCUCUCAUCGGCCUCACCGAGCAGGUACCAGAGCUGAGGAGCUGCACUCGCCACACGCUGCGCUCCACUAUGGAAAACAUUUCCUACCUGAUGCCCGGGUUGUGAGUGUUGAUGACCCAGUGGCCUCCUCACUGCACAUUAUGGUGGACGUUAUGAGUUAGUUUGGAAGAUGCGUCUUUAAUCUGUUUUAUUGUACAAGAAUAUUUGUUUUCACUAUAGAAAUGAUACAGAAGAUAUUUGUUGUUUAAUUAAAGUGGGUGUGUAAAGAUUGAAUUAUGCUGCUUAUUACUGACGGAGUACAUCUUCAAAAUGAAGAUUUUCUUUCUCCUUACAGUGGAGAAAUGUUACACUAGAAUGUAAAACUUACAGAAACUACCAAUCAAUAAGUUAGUUUCAAGUGAUGCAACUGUAUCUUUAGGCCCUGAUAUAGGCUACUAAAAUAAAUAUGACCUCAAGUUCAUAUCUGUGCAAUCAUAAUAAACAAGAAUAAAGUAA